AUGUGUUUUUUUGUGAAAGAACUUAGUAAAAAGGGUAAAUUAAAAAAACAAGAACUUAAAGAGGAAAUCCUAAGGAUCUGGAAUUCCAUAACCUCCAAGAUGGUACAACUAUAUAUUAUGAGCUUUUAUAAGAAAGUUCUAGCAAUUUACAAUGCUAAAGGAAAACAUGAUGAUUAUUAA